AUGGCGUCCUUCAUUACAUUUGUAUUGGAAAUAGUUGUUGUAUGGGUUUUUUUCACCACUGUGAUCCCUACAACAAUAGCAAUAGCAUCUGAAUCAUCAUCAUCAUCACCAGAAGCCAUAGCUCUACUCAACUGGAAAGGCGGUAACCACAACUUUUCUGGUUCUUGGAAUGCAGAUGAUACAAGCCCAUGUAAGUGGAAUGGGAUAACUUGCAACGCUGCUGGAAGAGUAACAGUGAUAGACUUAUCCUCACAAAGCUUAUAUGCUGAUCUCAACAAAUUGAAUUUCUCUUCUUUUCAAUAUCUAGUCCAUCUCAAUCUCAGUGGUAGUGCAGUGUUUGGAACCAUCCCAAACGCCAUCGGUACGCUUUCCAAACUCGCCCAUCUUGAUCUAUCUUCAAACGGUUAUGAUUUCAAUUAUCUCCAAGGGGAAAUCCCUCCGACUAUAGGUAAGUUGAGCAGCCUCAUCAGUCUCUCCCUCUAUGGCAAUAAAAUCAGUGGCUCGAUACCCACACAAAUGGGGAAUUUGAGAAAUCUAAUUAGGUUGGACCUAGGAGAUAACAGGCUGCUUUCAGGUUCAAUACCCACACAGAUGGGGAAUUUGAGAAAUCUAAAUGAGUUGGUGCUAGGAGGCAACCAUCUUUCAGGUUCAAUACCCACAUGGAUGGGGAAUUUGAGAAAUCUAACUCGGUUGGAUCUAGGAGGUAACUCGCUUUCUGGCUCAAUACCAACACAGAUGGGGAAUUUGAGAAAUCUAAUUCAGUUGGAUCUAAGAGCUAACUCGCUUUCAGGUUCAAUACCCACACAGAUAGGGAAUUUGAGAAAUCUAAAUGUCUUGGUGCUACAAGCCAACCAUCUUUCAGGUUCAAUACCCACAUCGAUGGGGAAUUUGAGAAAUCUAACUCGGUUGGACCUAGGAAUUAACUUGCUUUCAGGUUCAAUACCUACGGUUUACUGGUUCAAUACCUGCAACAAUGGGAAUCUUAAGAAUCUCAUCUAUUUGGACCUCAGUUACAAUAAGUUUACUGGUUCAAUUCUUGAAACAAUGGGGAAUAUUAAGAAUCUCGACACAUUGGACCUAAGUGACAAUAUGUUUACUGGUUCAAUACCUACAACAAUGGGGAAUCUUAAGAAUCUCCAAGUAUUGUACCUGAGUAACAAUAUGUUUACUGGUUCAAUACCGACAACAAUGGGGAAUCUUAAGAAUCUCAAAGUAUUGCACCUGAGUCACAAUAUGCUUACUGGUUCAAUCCCUAUGGAAAUUGGAGAUAUGGAACUAUUGGAGGAACUUUAUCUCAACCACAAGAAGUUAAAUGGUUCAAUACCUGCACAGUUGGGGAAACUCAGUUUUAUUAAAGAAGUGGAUUUCGGCUACAAUGAUCUAGAGGGUGUUGUUCCAUACACAAUAGCUUGUACAUUUUCACCUGAAGCAUGGAAUAACAAAGGUCUGUGCAAUGAUCAUUCGGGCACCAUAUGUAAAUGCAUAGAGAAAGGGCCGCACCCAGUGGACAAGGCUCUCAUUGCCAUUCUUCUAUCUCUUUGUAGCAUCAUACUUCUUGUAAUUGUUAUUGUUGUCGUCUGGUUCAUCCACUCCAGGAAAGCAGAGUCCCUAAAGUCCACCAUUGAUACAAGAACAUCAAAAAAUGGAGAUUUAUUUUCCAUAUGGAACUUUAACGGGACAAUUGCAUUUAAUGACAUCUUGGAAGCAACAGAAGAUUUUGACAUCAAAUAUUGCAUUGGCACUGGAGGUUGUGAGAGUGUUUACAUGGCAAAGCUACCUACAGGGAAAGUAGUAGCUGUGAAAAAGUUUCAUCGUCGAGAAGUUGAAGAGAAAGUUUAUGAGAAGAGCUUCACUAAUGAGAUACACGUAUUAACAACAAUUCGGCAUCGGAACAUUGUGAAACUUUACGGGUUUUGUUCCCAUCCAAGGGGCACCUUUUUAGUUUAUGAAUACAUAGAUAGGGGAAGCUUAGCUUAUGUACUUGGAAUUGAAGCAGAGGCCGUGGAAUUGGAUUGGAGGAAACGGUUAAAUGUCAUCAAAGGGGUCGCUCGAGCUUUGUCUUACUUGCAUCAUGAUUGUAUGCCACCAAUAAUUCAUCGGGACAUAUCAAGCAAAAACGUAUUGUUGGAUGCAGAUCUCGAGCCUCAUGUCUCCGACUUUGGAACUGCUAAAUUUCUAAAUCUUGAUUCGUCCAACCGCACUAUACCUGUAGGCACAUAUGGAUAUAUUGCUCCAGAGCUCGCCUAUACCAUGGUUGUGUCUGAAAAAUGCGAUGUCUAUAGCUUUGGGGUGCUGACACUAGAAACAAUUAUGGGAAGGCAUCCUGGUGAGCUCAUAUCUUCAUUACAAUUGCCAAAUGCAAAAGACAUAAUACUAGAGGAUGUGUUAGACCCGCGUCUCCCAUCACCAACACAAUUGGUAGCACAAGAUUUGAUUUUUUCAUUGAUGCUUGCAAUUUCAUGCUUGUGCACCAAUCCAAAAUCUCGUCCAACUAUGCAAUACAUAUCUCAGGAACUAGGAAGUCCUAUGAACCCUCAUCAAAAUCCUUCUGCAUGAUGUCAUUGUGGUCAUUAGGGAACCUCA